AGAAAUUAUCCGGAAUCUCUCUCCGUUAUGAUUAGUGAAAGAGAAUGAAAGUGAGAAGUGCAAAUUAUGACUUAUGAGGGACUAAUACGGAAGCAGUUUAUAUAUGAUUUGCUUCGAAGUUAGAAUGUCUUGAAAAGGAUAUUCCCUAAUUUCAUAUCAUACGUGCUUUGCUCAAAUUCCCAAAAACCGCACACACAUGAUAACAUCACAAUUCGCACACAAAACAAAACGUUGGACCGUUCUUGUUAUUUCAGUUUCCGUUUUGUGGCUCACACAAACAACCUCCGCCAUCCAAAUUCCCAUGUCCAAUUCUUAAUUCCAAAAGGGAAAGAAAAGAAGAGAAAAAAAAAAAUCUCUCUUUCCCCUAAACCCCUUUUGAUUCCAAAUUCCAAAAGGGGAUAAUCAUUGUUCACUUCUCAAUUCUCAAUCACAAGAACGAAGAACACUGCUUUUCAUUGACACCUCAGCUUCCCCCGCAGGCUGAUCUCGAACUUGCGGGAAAAAGAAAGAAAGGAAGAGAAGAUCUCUUUUUGACGAAAACCCUGGUUUCUGUGUUUGCGGGUCACCAUGGAGAUCGACAGAGCAAUCAGGGAGUGUAGCGAUAGAAGGCUUCAAACCAAGUACAAUAACGCCACCUAUGUUAUUCAGAGAGCUUUGGCUUUGUAUUCCAUUGAAGAGGUUGCUUUCAGUUUCAAUGGUGGAAAGGAUUCAACGGUUUUGUUACAUCUACUUAGGGCGGGCUAUUUUUUGCAUAAAGGGGGACAAAAUAGUGCCAAUGGGGAUCUGAACGAUUUUCCAAUUAGAACAAUAUAUUUUGAGACUCCUAGUGCUUUCCCAGAAAUUAACUCAUUCACUUAUGAUACAGCUGCCACCUAUGGUUUGCAAAUUGACACCAUUUGCACAGAUUUUAAAUCUGGUUUGGAGGCUUUGCUAAAGGAGAAGCCAAUUCGAGCAAUUUUCCUUGGAGUUCGAAUUGGAGACCCUACUGCGGUUGGCCAGGAACAAUUCUCCCCUAGUUCACCUGGGUGGCCAGCUUUUAUGAGAGUGAAUCCCAUUUUAGAUUGGUCAUACAGAGAUGUAUGGGCCUUCCUUUUAACUUGCAAGGUGAACUAUUGCAGCCUUUAUGAUCAAGGUUAUACUUCGAUUGGGAGCAUAUAUGACACUGUUCCCAAUUCAUUAUUAUCCACCAGUGAUUCAUCCGAUAAAUUUAAACCAGCAUAUUUGCUUGCUGAUGGAAGAUUAGAGAGGGCAGGGAGGGCUAAAAGGCUAUCUUCUUCUAAUUGUGGACAACGUCCUGUUGAUAGCAAUGGCUUGAGUAGCCUAGAUUUGCAUAAAAACAGUAUGCUCACAGCUUCGGUCAUUGCUGUGGGAGAUGAGUUUCUGUUUGGCACUGUUGAGGAUCAGUUGGGACCUAAUUUGUGUAGAAAGCUGCAUUCUGUUGGUUGGUCUGUGUUGCGACUUUCUGUUGUACACAGCAAUAUAGAUUCUGUGGCCGAGGAAGUUGAACAAAAGAAAUCAAGUGAUAUGGUUUUUAUAUAUGGAGGUGUAGGUCCACUGCACUCUGAUGUUACCAUAGCAGGCAUUGCAAAAGCUUUUGGUGUUCGUUUGGCUCCGGAUGAAGAAUUUGAAGAAUAUCUACGGCAUAUUAUUGGUGAUCAGUGUAUUGGUGACCGGAACGAGAUGGCUCAGUUGCCAGAGGGCAUAACUGAGCUACUGCAUCAUGACAAGUUGUCCGUUCCCUUGAUCAAGUGCCAAAAUGUAAUAGUUCUUACUGCGACGAAUGUUUCGGAGCUGGAAAAGGAAUGGAACUGUUUGAUUGAAUUAACAGAAUCGAAUGAUCUGCUAACAUUACUGGAACCUUAUGUAUCAAAGCAAGUGAUGACAAAUCUUUCAGAUGUUGAAAUCGCUCAACCUCUAUCGAAGCUUUGUCUUGAAUUUCCAGACCUUCAUAUAGGAUGUUACCGUACAGCCAGAUAUGGAUCUCUUGUAGUAAGUCUCAAAGGAAAGGACCAAGAACGACUUGAAUUGGCUAUGAAAUCAUUAGAGAAGAAAUUUCAACCUGGCACGUUCAAGGAGAUGAACUAGGAUGUGCAGAAUAAAAGAUGGAGUGGGAAGAAAAUGAAGGGUGCUGCCGUCUUGGUACAAGAAAGAACAAUGGUGUGAAAAAUAGGUGGUUGAAGCUUCAAUGUAGUGCAGAUAGAUAAUGGAAAUCACAGUCUAACUCCUUGGACUACUAACUCAUUAUUAUUGAAUUAUCACAAAAUCUAUAGUACUAGUUUACAAAUAUAGACCGGCUUUUUAUUGGAAAUCCACCAAAAACUUUGAAUUUAGGAGUGGUAAUGACGUUGACUUUGUUGUUAUAUCACUGACUCUGAUUAAUUUGCUGAGUACUUGGCAAGCAGCAAAUUGAUUUUCUUAUAUGAACCUCAUGAGUAUUGGAUAA